UUUUGGUUCCCCGAGGCUCAGUUUGGAUGCGUUGAUGGCGUCGUCCGAACGAGGGUGGGUUACACUGGAGGAUCUAAGUUGUUUCCGACCUGCACAAGCCUUGGGGACCAUACAGAAACCUUGGAGUUGGAGUAUAACCCAAACUGUACAACUUACAAGGAUCUGCUGCUUUUUUUUUGGAAAAAUCAUGACCCUACAGCAGUCCACAAAGCUCAGUACAUGUCAGCCAUAUUUUAUCACGAUGAGGAUCAAAAACAACUUGCAGGGGAGACUUGUGAGGAACAUCAGAAGACAAUCAAGAGGAAGAUAGUAACAAAGAUCCUUCCAGCAAACACAUUCUAUGUAGCUGAACAGUACCAUCAAAAGUACAUGCUGCGUCAGCACCCCUUGUUGUUGAAAUGUUUGAGUCUAAAUGAUGAAGAACUGAAGAAGUCUCGUGUUGCAGCUCAUUUAAAUGGUUAUGUUGGAGGAUUUGGUUCCAUAAAGAGCUUUGACGCUGAAGUGGACAAGCUAAAAUUUGGUAAUCAACAAGAGAAAUGGUGAAAGAGAUCAUAGAGAGAGGAAAAUUCUAAAAUCACAACCUUAGUUGAGAAAGACUCAUAGGAGUUUCAGCUCUUUGUUAUGAUUUGUCAGGAUUUUUUCUUCCUGAACAUUUUAGCCUAGAUUGAAUUUCACACUGGAUGUUUAUAAACCAUGUUAAUUUUUGCCAUUGUUAACCGUUUUCAUUCCUUUUUUAGUCAAUUGUUACCUUGUUGGUGUUUGUCUAUCUCAGUAAAUGAUUCUUUCAAUUUUUCAUGACACUGUGAUGAUUCUCUUUGACAUUUAAACUGGCACCAAAGAUAUUUAGAUGUAGAACAUUGUUUGUCAGCAAAACCUUUACUUUGGAGUACUGCACUGAAUUAAGCUUACAACCAUCACUUGUCAGUACCAAGUAUUGAUGCGAGCUUACUUUGUGAUCUGUGUCAUGACCCACUGUUUAUGAAGUCCUGUAGUUUAAACUAGAAAAUUUUGUACAGGAUGGAUGAUGUGAAAUUACUGUAGGUAGCCUUGAGUCUACUUA